AGCAUGUACGCCAAGGGGGGCAAGGGCUCGGCCGUGCCCUCCGACAGCCAGGCCCGCGAGAAGUUGGCGCUGUACGUGUACGAGUACCUGCUGCACGUUGGUGCCCAGAAGUCAGCCCAGACCUUUCUGUCCGAGAUCCGAUGGGAGAAGAACAUUACGCUGGGGGAGCCCCCGGGCUUCCUGCAUUCCUGGUGGUGCGUGUUCUGGGACUUGUACUGUGCAGCGCCCGACCGCAGAGAGGCGUGCGAGCACUCAAGUGAGGCCAAGGCCUUCCAGGACUACAGCGCUGCAGCCGCCCCCAGCCCUGUGAUGGGGAGCAUGGCCCCCAACGAUGCAUUGGCAGCAGGCCCCAUGGCACCCGGCUUCUUCCAGGGCCCCCCCGACUCCCAGCCGCCCCCCCACAACCCCAACGCCCCCACGAUGGGGCCUCACGUUCAGCCCUUCAUGUCACCGCGGUUCCCGGGGGGCCCCCGACCCACCCUGCGGAUGCCGAGUCAGCCUCCCGUGGGCCUCCCCGGCUCCCAGCCCCUCCUUCCUGGCGCCAUGGACCCCUCCCCACGAGCUCAGGGGCAUCCGAGCAUGGGCCCAGUGCAGAGGGUGACGCCUCCACGGGGCAUGGCCAGCGUUGGGCUCCAGAGCUACGGAGGUGGAAUGCGGCCCCCGCCCAACUCGCUCGCCGGCCCAGGCCUGCCCACCGUGAACAUGGGCCCCGGAGUGCGAGGCCCGUGGGCCAGCCCCAGUGGCAACUCGGGACCCCCAGGAGGAGGUGGGCCCCCUGGAACCCCCAUCAUGCCCAGCCCUGGAGACUCCACCAACUCCAGCGAGAACAUGUACACCAUCAUGAAUCCCAUCGGGCCGGGCGCGGGCCGGGCUAACUUUCCCCUGGGCCUUGGCCCCGAGGGCCCCAUGGCCGCCAUGAGUGCGAUGGAGCCUCACCACGUGAACGGAUCCCUGGGCUCGGGCGACUUGGACGGGUUGCCGAAGAGCUCCCCCGGCGCCGUGGCCGGCCUGAGCAACGCCCCGGGCACCCCGCGGGAUGACGGCGAGAUGGCGGCCGCCGGGACCUUCCUGCACCCGUUCCCGAGCGAAAGCGUAAGCGACUGCGUCGACUCCCCCCCCGCGGCGGCGUCGGGCCGGAGGGGCCUGGCAGGCAGGCCCCGGCGGGGCGGCCGGGGGGCCAGAGCAAGACCGUGACCGCGGCGGGCCAGUACUCGCCCGGGAUGACCAUGAGCGUGUGAUGGGGCAGCAGCCCCGUGCCCACUGCCGGCCUUGGCUUCUGCCGAGCACCCCUGCCCAGGGUCAAGGUCCAGGGGCUCGGGUGGUCUGCAGGGUGAGGGUCUGAGGUCACACCUCAGGCAGCUGGACUCCCGGUCAAGGCUUGGACGGCUGGGAGGCCGCGCACGCAGAACUCUGAUUUUAUUAAAAAACGCAAGGACCUCAGAGACAUUCUUUCCUAUGUGGGCCCUUCCACCAUUUCUGUUUUGGCCUGGGGGGCUCCUUGGGGGACUGCCUUUCCCCUGGACAGCAAGGGGUGGGCCCCCAUCAAUAAAUGUAACUGGGUUUUGGUAUUUGGUA